AUGCUCUCAUCUCUGCUCCUUUUCGCCGUUCUCGGUGCUCCGGCCGAGUCGAGCUCGUGUAAUGUACUGUAUCAGUUGGACGACAUGUCCUACUGUAGAAUCGGUCAGCCUUUUGACGCCUACCGAUACUAUGGGUGCUCUUGUUCGGGAGUUUGUCCGGACAAACCGCUGGAUGGCAUCGAUAAGUGAGUUGCCAUCUUUGAAUGGAUAUUGUAGAUUUCAGAGAUGAUCCAUGAUUAUGAAAAGUUUUUUGGUGAACUGUUCACAUUUAGUACUAUACUUUUGUAGUUGAGCACUUUUUCUACAGCCACUUUCUGGGGUACUGUAGCUCUUGGAAGUUGGCACUAAAACGUCUACACUUGUUUGGCAGUUCGAACUUCCAAGAGCUACAGUACACCAGGAUGUGGUUGUAGAAAGAAGUUGUCAAUUACAAAGAUAAAGUGCAUGUCUGGCACUAUAAUUUUGUAGUUGACAACUUUUCUCCACCGCAAUUUCCAAGUGUACUGUAGCUCUUCAAAGUUGAGCCAACCCCUAAAAGCGUGGGCCAACUUCAAGUAACUACAGUACUCCGGGAGGUGGUCGUUGAACAAAGUGAUCAACUACAAAACUAGAGUACUAGAUAUGAAGAAUCGACGGAACAAUUUUCAGAAUCAUAAGUUAUCGCUUAACUCUACAAUAUCCAUUUACAACAGCCUUCCGAAUAUGGCCGUUUCAGGUGUUGUCAAGUGCACAUUGAUUGCUACACCGACGUGACCAAUUCGGGAAAGUGCCAAAACUCGAAUGCUCCGUUCUUCUGUCUCUACAAGUGGCAGUGCAUGGAUCAGGAGCCCGCGUGUAGUAGUAAGUGCCUCGACUCGAGAAGCCACCCACUCUAACGCUCAAUUUCCAGACGAGAACAAGUGUCGGCAGUCGGUUUGCGAGUGCGACGAGCAAUUCAUCGACUGUCUCGCCAAGUACCCGUACCCGACGUACGCUCGAAAAUGCCCCUACUAUCAGGGCGAUCCGCUUCUGAAGCAUCUGACGACGUUGGCGCCGCCGACUGACUAA